AUGGCUCCACAACCACUGCCUUUCCCCGGGUUCACCGCGAUAUCUGAUCGGGUAUACCUUCGGAAUGGGAAUGAAAAGGCCAAACCAGCACUAGCUCAUGAGCCAACAACUAUCGUUAUCUUCGGGAUCAUUGUUGUACUAUCUCGCACCUUUCAAGCAUCUAAUCAACCCCUCGACGCCCGGGUUGAAGCAAUGCUACCCGUGAUUGACACGGUAUUCCCAAUGCCCACCGGAAGUGGUAAUGGAGAGGAACGAGUCCUAUUACAUGCCAUGUCGAACACCGGAGGCAUCUUCCUCGCAGCCGCAUUUACUGCGUAUCAACAACGCCAUGGCAGCGACAAGAAGCUUCCCCAUGCGCUGUUAGUAUGUGACUCUACGCCAGGUAGCUUGGACUUCGCAUCCCAAGUCGGCCGUUGGUCACGAGCAAUGGCUGUCGGGACAUCGAAAUACUUCCCAUGGCCCUUUGCAGUCACGCAAGGCCUGUGGUGGAUGUUCUUGUGGGCAAAUUAUGCAUGGGAAUUACUACGUGGUACUGAACCCUCGGGAGUUUGGGCGACUCGAGUAAUGAAUGAUCAUGAUAUUGCUCCGGUCGAGACAAACAGACUCUACCUCUACUCCAAGGAGGAUGAGAUCAUCUGGUGGGAGGAUUUGGAGGAGGCUGUUGCUAAGGUAAAAAGCCAGGGCUACAAGGUUGACCUGGAGAUAUUCGAAGGCUCGCCGCAUGUGGGCCAUAUGAGACUUCAUCCUGAGCAAUACUGGGGCAAGAUCUCUACUGCCUGGGGUGAGGCCCAGCCUACAUGCUAG